AAAGACUUGUUGCCUGGCUGCAGCAGUACCGCCGUGAUUAUAUCCGGUGGUGUGGUAUUCGAUGAUUUGAGGUGGCAAGCACGUAACGCGAGGAAGCUGUCAAGAUGUCUCAGAUAGGGAGGUGUACAACAAUUGUAGAAGUGGAUUGCAUGCGUAUGAACUAUCGCAAGCACCAAGCUGGCUGAAUGCCUCUAGGUAGGCUCUUGGGGUUGGAUGAGUACCUGGGAGUGGCUGCGAUUUGUGCUUUGAUAGUGGUGACAGUACAAAUACCACAAUACAGCCUCCCCUUUUCCACAAUUGAUCCACCCCUGCAACAAGGGACUGCUGCAAGCGCGACCUUUCCAAGCCCACUUCUGGCACUCUGCAGGCUGCAGCUUGUGAUCCCCCUGCUGGACCGCCCGGACUCGCGGGCAACAUGUCUGUCAAGCUUGUCUGGCCUGUGGUUUUACCUCCAUCUGCGGCUUGCUUGCACCAUUGUACCCAAUCACGGCGAAGCGGGCAGUCCUAAUCCCAUUGAAAUUCAUUCUUCUCUUCUCCUCCCCAAGGGCCCGAUCCCAUCCUAUUUUCCUGCCAUCCCUUCUGUUCACAGAAAUUCAUUCACAUUACUCCUACUCACAGUCCAUCGUUGCUGCUGUUUGCUUCUUCUUUCUUCUUCAUCCAAAGCCAGCCACGCGUCGACUGCAUCUUCUGUAAAAGAAGAAAGGUCGUACUUGCCGCCGGCUCAACUGUCUUAACAAAUCCAAAGCAACAACAAUCCACCAGCUUCUCCCUCACUGAAGCGUCUUUUUCAUUCGUUGCGAGUUUCACCAGGAACCCAACAGAUUAAUCCUUCAUACACUCCAAAAAGUUCCUACGACUCGCUUCCAGUCACCUCUAUCCUGUUUAAUAUUGCAUUUCAGGUCAGU